AUGAGUGAGUCCGAGACGCCUAUCCAGGCACCUGGUCUGGCCGAUGGCCUGGCACCGUCCCACACCUACUUUCCUAACCAGGGUUAUGUCAAUCCCGAUGGCACAACUGCUGCCGCGGGGCAGGAAUCCACCCAAGUGCCCGAGGAGGGGCAGGAGGGAGAGGACGAAGAUGAGGAAUAUUAUGACGAUAUCUUCGAGGAGGAGUUGGACACCGAGGACUUCAAUUCUGCAGACCCAUCCGACCUGACCAAAGCCUAUAACCGUCAACGCAAGAUCAACGACCUCGCUGCCGAUUCCAACAUUCCUAAAUGGACAUACCCAAAGACCAACACCCAAAAGCCCUCCAUCAACACACAUGCCUCCGUCGAUGAUCAAGUCAAGUCGCUGACUCGCCAUGCCGCCAAGAUCAAGCUCGAUACUCAACAAUCCGGCCUUCAAGGCAAGGGUGACCGUGGAGGAGAUCGCGCGGACCGCGCUACAUCGGAACAAGUCCUGGACCCCCGCACCCGCAUGCUGUUGCUGCAGAUGAUCAACCGAGGGAUUGUCUCCGAGAUUCACGGCUGUCUGUCAACCGGAAAGGAAGCCAAUGUCUAUCACGCCAUGUCCGUCUCAGAAGACGAGGACGCCGCCCCAAUCCACCGCGCCGUCAAGGUCUACAAGACCAGCAUUCUGGUCUUCAAGGACCGCGAUAAGUACGUGACUGGUGAAUUUCGUUUUCGCCAAGGAUACAGUAAGAGCAACAACCGCGCCAUGGUCAAACUGUGGGCCGAGAAGGAAAUGCGUAAUUUGCGCCGAAUCUACGCCACCGGCAUCCCCUGCCCGGAGCCUCUUUACCUCCGCCUCCACGUCCUCGCCAUGGGUUUCAUUGGUAGCUCUAAAGGUGUCCCCGCGCCCCGUCUCAAGGAUGUAGAGUUCAGUCGCGAGGAGGCUGAGGAACGCUAUCGCUCCCUAUAUAUCGAAUUGCUCGGCUACAUGCGCGUCAUGUACCAGACCUGCCGUCUUGUUCACGCCGAUCUGAGCGAGUACAAUAUGCUCUACCACAAGAAGCGCCUGUACAUCAUUGAUGUCAGUCAGAGUGUUGAGCACGAUCACCCGCGCAGUCUGGAAUUCCUCCGCAUGGAUAUCAAGAACGUGAGCGAUUUCUUCAAGCGCAAGGGCGUAGACACUCUUCCCGAGCGUGCUCUUUUCCAAUUUAUCGUUUCCCCCGAAGGUCCUAGCGACUUCACUUCCGAGAAUAACGAGAUGACCGAGACGAUUGAGAAAUUGCUCUCUGCACGUGAAGAAGGUGAUGACGAGCAGCACGAAUCAGAGGAUGUCGACACCGCCGUCUUCCGUCAGCAGUAUAUCCCGCAGAACCUGGAGCAGGUUUACGAUGUUGAGCGUGAUGCAGAGAAGGUGCGCGAUGGUAUGGGUGGAGAUCUUGUUUACGGAGACCUGCUCGCUGCCGGCAAGAGCAAGAGCAAAUCUGCCCCCGCCGAAGACGAGGCUGCCGACUCAGAGUCCGAUGUUAGCGGCGGUGUUUCUGUCUCCGGCUCUGAUGAUGAAAGUGAUGACGAGGAAAAGGAUCCGUUCGCACCUAAGCAGCCCCGUGGCAAGAAGCACGAGGAUAAGGAUGUUAAGCGUGAACAUAAGCAAAAGGUUAAGGAAGAGAAGCGCGAAGCACGAACGAAGAAAAUGCCCAAGCACAUGAAGAAGAAACUGGUCUCUACCUCUUCUCGCAAGAAGAAAUGA